GUCAAUCUGCCAAACCUGGUGCGUCAGAACCCGGCAGAGACCUUCCGGAGGGUCGUGCCAAAAGUUAGGGAAGUGCUACACGUUGCAGGAGCAGACAUGCAGCUCGCUGCAGCUGGCUCCUUCCUUACCAUCCUCCAGGAUGACAUUGUCCUCAUCCAGACACACACCCACUCCAUCCUGCAGAUAGUCCUUCUCAACCUGGACCACCGUGACACAGUGGUCAGCAACGCUUGGCUUGAGACGUUGCUAUCAGCAAUUGAUGCUUUACCAAAGGAGACCAUUAGGCAGGAGAUUCUCAACCCACUGGUGUCCAAAGCACAGCUUUCUCAGUCUGUACCAGCACGCCUUGCCAGUUGUCGGAUCCUGGGAAAGGUAGCUGGCAAAUUUGACUCUUCAAUAGUGAAGAAAGAUCUGCUGCCGCUGGUCAGGUCGCUGUGUCAGGACGUGGAGUACGAGGUGCGCUCCUGCAUGUGUCGCCAGCUGGAGAACAUCGCCAGGGGAAUUGGGCUGGACCACACUAAGGCAGUGGUGCUGCCCGAGCUGGUGGAGCUAGCUCGAGAUGAGGGCAGCACAGUACGACUAGCUGCCUUUGACACCAUCAUAAACCUGCUGGAAAUGUUUGACAGCGAAGACAGAACGCGGGUGAUAUUUCCUUUAGUGAAAACAUUCUGUGAGAAAUGCUUCAAAGCUGAUGAGGCAGUGCUCACUUCCCUGUCUUUCCAGUAUGGAAAACUGUGCCAUGGCCUCUCGGCGUCCUUCACAGACGAGCAGCAUCUGUGGUUCCUUGAGUACUAUAAGAAGCUGUGCUGUCUGGGCCUUCAGCAUGAGAACGGCCACUGUGAGAGUCAGCCGUACCCACUGGAGCUGGAUAACAAGUAUGCCCUGGUGCGCAGAAACUGUGCCUACAACUUCCCUGCCAUGAUGUUAUUUGCUGACCCGAACCACUUUCUGUCGGAGUUGUACCGUACCUUCUCAAGCUUGUGUCAUGAUCCCGACAUCCCAGUGCGGCGAACGGCAGCUGAAGGUUUUCACGAGGUGGUCAAACUUCUGGGCCCAAAUGUGCACUAUGUACACAAGGAGCUGGUGACAUUGCUGCAGGAUGAUUCGCUGGAGGUACUGGAUGCACUGCUGAGUCAUCUUCAAGAAACUCUGGAACUUUCCACCUCUAGAGGAGAAGGAGCAGGGCCAGAGAGCAAGCAGGUGAAUGUGCCUGACCUGGUGCCAGCACUGGCAGCGGCGGAGCAAAAAGCAGCAGCUUCCCUGCGCUGGCGUGUUCAUGAGAAGCUUCUGCAGCGUUAUUCCUGCCUGCCACGAGUCAUCUCCGGAGAGCAAAUCUACUUCCGUUUCCUGCCCAGGAUGUUCAACAUCAUUACCACUAAUACUGUUCUCCCAGUCCAAAGGGAAGCUGCCAGGACGUUGUGCGUGUUCUUGCGCUACAAUCGCAAACAGGAGCAGCGUCAGGAAAUUAUCAGUAAUAUAAUGCAGGAACUUGCUCAAGGCAGAAGUUACUGGAAUAGGUUACGGUACUUAGACCUGUGUGAGAUUGCUAUGGACUUGUUCUCCAAGUCCUACUUCUGCAAAUAUUUCUUCGUCCAAGCCCUUGAGCUUGUCAGCGACCCUGUUGCUAAUGUCAGGUAUAAGCUGUGCCACAUGCUGCCUAGGCUAAGGGCCACUAUCCGGCUGCCUGCCGACAAGCAUCUCCUGCAGCAGCUGGAGUUCUGUGUGAGGAAACUGCUGUGUAGGGAGAAGGACAAGGAUGUGGUGGCCACUGUGCGGAAGACAGUGUUGGAAUUGGACAAGAUGGACAUUACAGAGCCAUAUCAUAAAAGACAUGAGAGGGACCUCUUGGAUCAGAAGAAAGAAAAGGAAGAGGCCUUACUCCUUGAAAUGGAACUUCUUGAACGACAGCAGAGUGAAGUAAAACUGGUCAGUGAAAAGCACUCAGAGAAGAAGCGAAGAGACAGUAAAACGGGGCUGUCAGGAAGUAAGGGAAUGUCAAGCUCUACAUCUGGGGCAACACUGUCUACCUCAGCUGGUAAAGAGAUGAGGAAGGCCAAACUUGCUCGGAGUCGGUCUCUCAGCAGUCAUCCCACCACACCCAAGAUGGCCAACUCUGACAAAACACUAAAAGUGAAGGAAUCAGGGAGUUGCACUGGACCGGUGAAGAGCUCCAUGCUACCAGUGAACGACGACGCCUUGCGACCCCACCACUUUAACGUGGCCUCCUCGUCCUCCUCACUGUCCCCGACUCCCUCCACCUCCUCCAUGCCUGUCCUGAUACGCAGCAACACAACCAGUUCUGUAGAUCAUAGGAGCAACGGGGGCAAAGACACACAGUCCAGAAAACUCACCAUACAAAGAAAAUCAAAUUCAUUUGGUAUGCAAAGUGGGAGGGAGUGA